AUGUCGCACAGAGAAGCAAAUCGGAACCUCCUGAGCCUCAAGGGCAUCCUACACUCGGACGAAGGUCCCGUCGGCGACGAACCCAACUUCCGAUCUCUGCGAGACGGCCGUAGGUAUAUCACUGCGAGAGAUGCUGACGGCAUUAGAGACGUGACACUUGUUGGCUUUCCUCAACUCGAUGCUACCCGGGAAGAGAAGCUUGCGAUUCUCGCAGCGGACUUGGUAAAGCCCACCAAAGAGGCUUCUCCUAAAACGAUUGUAAGGUAUCUCGACUUCCUCCCAAAAGACAAGGUCUUCAUCGUCGAGAGACUUUCCAUGCAGGGAUUAUGGCGAUCCGCGAGAGGUACUACACAAGACCAUAUAGUCCUCAACGUAGCUUGGGACCUCCUCCUUGCCCUCGCCUACCUCCACGCAACAGGGACUGCACACGGAGACGUUCGCCUCCAUAACGUAUUCCCCUUCCCCUCAGAAGACUCGUCGCGCGUUCGCUUCAAGCUCUCCGGACACGGCCUCGUUCCAGAAGUCCUGAGCCACAACUUACGCAACGACUGCUACACGGCCCCUGAGCUACGCUGUCCAGGCAAGUAUUACGGCUUCAGCGCCAACACAAAGCCGACGUUCGAAUCCGACAUUUGGAUGCUGGGCAUGGCCCUCUGGCACUGUCACCGAUUCGGCGUUUACUACGACGGCCGCGGAUCCGCGAGGGAACGGUGGGAAUCGGAUAGGCUGAUCCAGCCUGACCUGACCGAUGGCGCAAAAUUGGGCAUUCACCCACUGGCUCCCCGGGGCCGUGGCUGUGAGCCUUCGCCUCACCGAUUCGUCGAGGACCUGCUUCAUAAGAUGCUCACUCCAGAUCCUAAGCGGCGAUGGACUGCUGCGGACUUGCUGGAGCAGAUGAAGAUGCAGAAGAAUUACACGCCCGCGGAAGGUGAUAUGAAGCGGGACCUGGCCGAUCUUCAGGCCGCUCUGAAAGGUGAGAAAUAUGACACGUUUAGAAGGAUGGCGGCCACGUUGAGAGAGGCUUCGCGCAGAUCUUGGACGAGGUUGGGAGGAUGGAUGUUCUUGCUCGCUUUCUUCUUGGUAAUCCUGUGA